UACGUGGUUCAGGCUGGUACAGCAUCCAGUCGUUACUCCAAAGAAUGGCGAAAAGAUUGAUCGUUUGUCUGACGUUGGUCGGACUGCUAUUGCCGGCGGUGCUGACGAAGGAGUUCCGCUGUACGCUGGAGCUAGAUCGUAGCUGCAGCGUGAUCGGUGCGAAGUUAGCGACCAAUGAAGAGGCCACCAUAAUCUCACCGAAUCCCUCCAGCCUGAGGAAGCUACAGUUUACCGGUUCCAGCCUGGCCGCACUGCCUUCCAGUCUCUUUACCACCUUCCCGAAGCUCGAAAUUGUGAACGCAUCCGGUACGGACCUGAAACAGUUCCCUUCAAACACACUGGCCUCGGCCAAAACACUGCAGGAGCUCCAUCUGAGGGGUAACCGCAUUCACAACCUACCACAGGAUGCCUUUUUUGGGGCUAAUCGACUGACGACAUUGGAUCUCUCGGAUAACGAUAUCACCGCAAUCGAGGGCAGUGCGUUCCGGAGAUUACGUGACCUGAAGACGCUCCUUCUCGGUGGCAAUCAGAUCGUACAGCUACCGGAGGAAGUGUUCCGUGAUCUGACCGAACUGGAGGAACUGGAACUGCAGGGUAACGCACUCUCUUCACUCGGUGACACACUGCUCACCGGCUGUACCUCCCUCAGGAAGCUCAACCUCUCACGCAAUGCACUGAAAGCGAUCCAACUGGAGCAGUUCGAACGUCGUUGGUCGUUUGACGUGAUCGAUCUGAGCGGUAAUGCACUGCAGACGGUCAUGAUCCCGUCUAACUUGCGUGAGCUUGUCGCGACCGGUAAUGGAAUCCGGUCGGUGCAACUGAACGGUGUCAGUUCGGAGUUGAUCCUCCUGAAGAUGCCCCACAACAAGCUGGACAGCGUGGACCGAUUGCCGACGCUCGAGAAGCUGAUCAGUCUUGACCUCGCGCACAACCAGAUCCGUCAGUUCGAUCUUCAAUCGGUGGCUCGCUUCAGCAAGCUCGUUCUGCUCAAGCUGAACGGUAAUCAGUUGGAGACGGUCGCCAAUGGGUUGCUGACGCCCGUGAAUCAUCUCAAGUAUCUGCAUCUGGCCGACAAUCGGUUGAAACAGCUCGAUCUAAACACGGUACUCGGCAAAGUGCCACGUCUGAUUACGCUCGAUCUGAGUGGUAAUCAGCUCGAGCGGAUCACGGUGAAUGAUUUGAGCGGUUCCUUCCCGGUUCUGGUACGUCUGAAGCUGCAAGGAAACGGACUGCAGUGCGUGGCCGCUCGGCCGCUUCUCAAGGAGUUGAAGCAGUCCGUCACGGCGUACGCGUUGACACCGAACGAUUGUCGCAAGGGGCAGCAGCUGGUAGAUGGUUUGUGUUGUCAGUGAGUGUGUUCGUGUGUGUGCGUAAACUCUGAGCAUAUCUUAUCACUGACGAGCGGUGUCUUAGCAGUAAUAAAUCCCGAUUAUUUAAAAAACAUU